AUGAAUAACUAAUUUAAAAUAAUCAGAUUUAAUAAUGUUACGUUUUUCUAUGUAUAUGAGUAUAAAUAUUCGAGACAUAGCUUGCAUGAGUUCCUAUCUAAAAAGAGCGAUAAAUACCCAGAAUGUUGAGUGUGGACUCGUUGCCCGUCGCCGAAGAAGAGGUGGUGGAGUCCAGCUCAAACAGACUGGGGGACAUUUACACGUUUGUGGCCGAGGGCUGUUAUCCUCAAACCAUGAAUCCUAUUCGCAAGAAAAAUCUCAAAAGAUAUGCUCAGAAAUUUAUGAUUGACGAUGGUCGAUUGUAUUAUGUGGGACCAAAGAAAGAAGAAAAGCGAGAAGUAGUGAUUGAGGCAGAGCGGAAGAGACAGAUAUUCCUGGAGUGUCACUUCAAUGACACUGGACAUCACCUGGGACAGAAGAAGACAGUUCACAGGAUUCAGAGUAAAUACUACUGGCUUGGCAUUGUCAAGGAUGUUGUGGAUUGGAUUAAAGUGUGCGAAACGUGUCAACACGCAGAGCGGAAUAAAAACUUGGCUAGAACGGUACGACCCAUCAAGGUGGAUGGUCCAUGGGACAUUUUGACCAUUGAAAUAAUUGGUCCAUUCCCAGGCACUGCACAUAGAGGGAAUACACACGUUGUUAUUAUUACAGAUUACUACAGUAAAUGGGUAGAGGCCUUUCCUGUACAAAAGAAAGAUGGUGUCUGUGUUGCGCGUUGCAUUUCCUCAUCUACUUGCAGAUUUGGUCCUGCAAAGACAAUAUUUUGCUCUCAAAGUGCUGACUUCUGUGAGGAGGUUACAAAGCACUUGUGUGACCGGUGGAACAUAGCGCAAAGAGUGUUGUCAGUAGACCAGCCACAGCAGAACGCACUGUAUGAUCGCAGCAGUAAUCUUCUGAGAGAUGCCAUAAAACAGAUGGUGGUGGAGAAACAGGUGGAGUGGGAUGAUUUUCUCGAUCCAGUUUUGGCCACCUUUAGGACAUCGGUCAACCAUACGACAAAAUUUACACCACACUUUUUAAUAUUCAACAGAAAAGCCAGCCUACCUAGUGAGUUUGAUCCUCUUGGUUGCUAUCAGGACCAGGAGGACAAGACCCUUAAUGAAGAGGACACAAACGCUUUUCUUUCCUCCUUGCAGGAGCAACAGAAUAACAUCAAACAGAUGGUAGUUACAAAUAUGAAUGUUGCGUACAGACAAGAAAAGAAAAAUGCAAAACGCAAGGCUAGAAAUAUGCCUUCCAUCACUCUUGCGGUGACUGACCCAUUGUUCAGCACAGAGGAAACGCCCUCAGCAAAAAAGCUCAAGGAAAGCCUCUACCUGUCUUUUCCAGUAGAGACAGUCCUAACCACAGUUCAGAAUGUACCUGAAGCCAAGAGAAAUGGCUUGGAAUAUCCUCUAACAGACUCUGAUGUGCACUGAAAAUCUUUUUGGUUUGACUAUUCAUAAAGCACUAUCUGCAAAAUGUAUUUGCAUAGGCUACAGCUUGAAGACUUGAUGUCAGAGGGCAGGUCAAGCAGAUGAACUCGUGUUCACUUUCUGUUUCAGCACAUAAUGUAGCAGAUUAAAAUAUGGUAUUUCACCUCAAGGCAUUCAUUGACACAUGAUGGUCUUAGUUUUUUGUGUAGUUAUUGAACUGACUCUAUUUAUUGGUUGUAUCUGUAUUUGCUUUAGAUGAGUCAUCAGAUGUACAGAGAUUUCAGUAUUAUCUGAAAGAAUGUUGGUGAAACUUAAAUGAUAAAGAUUGUAAUAACCAGUGUUUAUUAUCAAAGAAAAUGUUUGUUAGUUAACCCCCCCAGAUCAUUAUCAUAAAACACCAAAGUGUUUCUCUUGUCUUUGACAGUGAGUCUCAAUUUGCAAACAUUUUUUACUUAAUCACCUAUUUAUCCAUGUGUGUGGAAAGGAAAGGUUAAGGAUCUUUAUGUCAAUAAAUAGUUAUGAAGUUCCAGGCUUUAUCUCAUAAAUACUUUUUGCUCCCUUAUGUUUUAGAUUAUGAUAAAUGCUAUCCAACAAUUAACUGUUUUUAUUUGUAAUAAACAGAAUUGGUAAUCAGUUAGAAUCAGUUACUUUGUGGCCAAUAUGACACAUCUCACGCAACUUCCAGUUUGCCUUUGAAAUAACGAGGGCUGAAACAAAGGGGCAAGAGACCACAGAUUGCAACAUAUUUCACAAUGAGGCUGACCUCACCUUGUUACAUGUGUCAUGAUUUAGACAGCCUGCCAACAUGCAACAUGUCUGAAAUAAACCGUUUAUUGUUGAAA